GCCUUCUGCUGAGCGGACGCGCUUCUGCCCCGUGUCCCGGUCGGCGGCAGCGGCUGCUGCGCGGGCGGCGACUCGGUCCUUCCGGGAGGCGCGGCGGGAGUGGAGCGGCGGCCGCGGAGCGACGAGCCCAGCGAGGCGGAGGCGGCCCGGCAGCCAACAUGGCGGCGGCGGCGGCGGGCGCGGGCCCGGAGAUGGUCCGCGGGCAGGUGUUCGACGUGGGGCCGCGCUACACCAACCUCUCGUACAUCGGCGAGGGUGCCUACGGCAUGGUGUGCUCUGCUUAUGAUAACGUCAACAAAGUUCGAGUGGCUAUCAAGAAAAUCAGUCCUUUUGAGCACCAGACCUAUUGCCAGAGGACCCUGAGGGAGAUCAAGAUCUUGCUGCGUUUCAGACAUGAAAACAUCAUUGGGAUCAAUGACAUCAUCCGCGCGCCGACCAUCGAGCAGAUGAAAGAUGUAUACAUAGUACAGGACCUAAUGGAGACAGAUCUCUACAAGCUCUUGAAGACACAGCACCUCAGCAACGACCAUAUCUGCUAUUUUCUUUACCAGAUCCUGCGAGGAUUAAAAUACAUUCACUCAGCUAACGUUCUGCACCGCGACCUCAAGCCUUCCAACCUGCUGCUCAACACCACCUGUGAUCUCAAGAUCUGUGACUUUGGCUUGGCCCGCGUUGCAGAUCCGGACCACGACCACACAGGGUUCCUGACAGAGUAUGUAGCCACCCGUUGGUACAGGGCUCCAGAAAUUAUGUUGAAUUCCAAGGGCUACACCAAGUCCAUCGACAUCUGGUCUGUGGGCUGCAUCCUGGCGGAGAUGCUCUCGAACCGGCCCAUCUUCCCGGGGAAGCACUACCUCGACCAGCUGAACCACAUUCUGGGUAUUCUUGGUUCCCCAUCACAAGAAGACCUGAACUGUAUAAUAAAUUUAAAAGCUAGAAACUAUUUGCUUUCUCUUCCACACAAAAACAAGGUGCCAUGGAACAGGUUGUUCCCAAAUGCCGACUCCAAAGCUCUGGACUUGCUGGACAAAAUGUUGACAUUCAACCCCCACAAGAGGAUCGAAGUCGAGCAGGCUCUGGCGCAUCCCUAUCUGGAGCAAUAUUAUGACCCCAGUGAUGAGCCCAUUGCCGAAGCUCCAUUCAAGUUUGACAUGGAAUUGGAUGACUUGCCCAAGGAAAAACUCAAGGAGCUCAUUUUUGAAGAGACUGCAAGAUUCCAGCCAGGAUACAGAUCUUAAAUUUGUCAGCACGAGGCCUCCGAGGACUGGACGCGCUCCCACGUUGGUGUUCUUCUUUCCGGUCCCUGACCCCUGGUCCUGCCUCCAGCCAUCCCAGCUUCCCCACCCUAACUCCUUUGAGCUGUGUGGAGGGGCAGUUUCUGAUAGUUGUGGCUUUCAUGCUUUCCAAGAAUUCCUUCCGUCCAGAGAGUGUCUCCUGACACACACACAGACCCCGCCCCCCAUAUGUGUCGCCCAGCGGUGACCAGCAGCAGCACGGCUGCUCCUCAUCACUUUAGUCACUAUCCGCUUUCUGGUUUGGAAGAUGCAGUGGUUCCUCCUUCUCCUGUGUGUGACACCUGCUGAUGCCCGCAACCCUGCCAGCGUGAGGCUCCCUGCAGGCGGGUGCCAGUCACUGCUUUUCAUGGCAUGAUGGGGAGGGCUGAUGCCCAGGGUGCAGCAGCCCCGAGUUUGCACUUCAUGUCUGACCAUGACUGUUGGCCAGGAGCCUACAGGAAUGGCUCAGGGUAGCAUGGCAGCAAGUGCUCCUGCCCUGUGAGGUCUCCGGAAGCACAGGCCCCAAACCCCGGUCCUCCUGUCCUGUUAGUCACAACAUAUUUAAGGUAUGUGCCGUUAGCCCAACUUGCAGCACAAUCCAGUUGUGCUCUCUAAAUACAAAGAAAGUCCUUACUGUGCCCAGCAGCAUCCUCCUACCAAUGGCCUGUGGUUGCUGACACUGUCUGUUGAGGCUCAACCUUUGCCACACUGCCUCCCACACAAUGCUGUGUUUGUGAGAUGCACACAGAGUCAUGGAAGGCGGUGGCCUCACUCCACGCCUGGCGGGAGGUGGACGAAGGUGGUGGGCCCUGUGCCAUGUAGCAAGUCUCUGGAGAAGAAUGGAAUGGACUCAGGCCGAGUUUCAGGGAACCUCGGCCAACCCUUCCCAAGGGUUAGCAGAGAGGAACACUGCGUGUUCAAAUGAGAAAGUUGUACGGUUCUUUUUUCCUCCUGCAGCAUGUCCACCGCUCCGGUCCCGUUCUCAGCCUGCGGUAUACUAAACUUGUGACACAGCCUCCGUGAGCUCCUGAUGCAGUUGCCACGUGUCCCCCGUCCCAUUCCCCCCGGUACUUCUGAUACUGCUGAGUGGAGAGCGUCAAGGGAGCGCUCACACUCACGCUCCACGGAUUCCUAAUCUCUCUCUGAGCAUCCGUGCCCGCCGCUCUGUGCCGUGGAGUUGACCUGGUGUCUGUCCCAGUGCGGUGCCUCCUCCAACUCCCCCACUGCUCUCUGUGGUGAGAAAUCUGCCUUGUCCCCUAAGUACCUGUGCCCUCGCAUGACUGUCAACAGCUCCCUGUGCAGAGCCCGCUGCCCAGGCGCCACGAGCCUGGGGUCAAAGCGAACAGCCUGUUGUGGUCUCUCAGCUGUGUUCCGUGGGAGACAAAGCAACUGGUUUUUAAAAUUUCAUUUCUCAGCUGUCCUUUUUUUCUUGUUGUUUUUGUUUGUUUUGUUUUGUUUUGUUUGUUUGACAGCAGUGGAGAAUGGGUUCUAUAAAGACUGCCUGCCAAUCUAAAGAGCAAUGCACUUGUAAUCCAUGGAAAUAAAUGUACCUCUCUUACCUUCA